AAAUAAAACAAAUGGGUGUUGGGUCAUCGUAUGCAUCACCCAAACCAAUUUACACGACACUGAUGGCAUGAAUACUCUUCCAUUCCACAUAUGACACGGACUAUUGGCGAUGCCUAGGUCUAUAAAAGGCAGCCACAUAAUGCAAGAACUCCUGGUUAAGUCUGUUUCUUCUUCUCCCCCAUAUUACUCUUGCUUCCAUUUCACUUAAAAACUUCAUGGAAACGGAAUUGGCCUAUGAUUUGUUUCCGUACGUAAGGAUUUACAAGGAUGGCCGAGUGGAGAGACUCAUGGGCACAGACAUCGUCUCUCCAUCGCUCGAUGAGAAAACGGGCAUCCAGUCGAAAGACAUCACCAUUUCUUCGAACUCCGCCGUAUCAGCAAGACUUUACAUCCCAAAAGCAGCCAUGGACUCUCUCCAAAAGCUCCCCGUACUCUUGUACUUUCACGGAGGAGGCUUCCUAUUCGAAACAGCUCGAUCACCAACUUACCACAACCAUCUCAAUGCGCUAGUUGCAGAGGCUAACGUCAUCGCCAUCUCAGUCGAUUAUAGAAGGGCACCAGAGCAUCCUCUUCCGGCAGCUUACGAUGAUUCAUGGACUACCCUCACAUGGGUGGCCUCUCAUUCUGUCGGAAACGGGCCCGAGGAGUGGUUGAAUUCUCAUGCCAAUCUCAAGAAGGUGUUUAUGGCUGGAGACAGCGCCGGCGGUAACAUAGUUCACCACAUGGGCAUUCGAUUGGGAGAGGAAAAGUUACAUGGAAUUGAAUCUCCAGACGCUAUUAUGGUGCAUCCUUAUCUAUGGGGCAACGAGCCAUUGCCUUCCGAGACCACCGAACCCGAAAAGAGGUCCUUGGUCGAGAAGUUCUGGCUCGCGGCAAACCCAACGACCACCGGGUGCAACGACCCGCUACUAAACCCGGCAAUGGAUCCGAGGCUCUCGGCUUUGGGUUGCAAAAGGGUCCUCGUUUGUGUUGCUGAAAAGGAUAUUUUGACACAGAGGGGUUGGUAUUACAAGGAGUUGUUGAGAGAGAGUGGAUGGAAUGGAGCUGUGGAAGUGAUGGAAGCACCGGGGGAGGAUCAUGUGUUUCAUUUGUGGAAUCCCAGCUGUGAUAAUGCUGUGAAGAUGAUGAAGAAAUUGGCCUCCUUCAUGAAUGAGUAGCUUCCUUUGUGUGCGGGGCUAAUUCUUGUUAUCUCAAUGUUUAUUUGUACUAAAAGACCAUUCUAGGUUUCCAUUUGCUAGGAACCAUGUUCCUUGUGUGGUAAUUUUCUAAUAUGUUUUGUAAGUUUUAAA